AUGACGAUAUCUCGCUCAGUGUCACCUGCGACUGCUGUCACAGAACAACGGACGCCGCCAGAACCAACAGACGCUUCUUCAACAGCCACAGCCAAGCAUGAAAGCACUGAAGAUGUCACCCCGGCAGAUGCCCACAAUACGUCAGUCCCGGGCGACAGGGACAAGUCUCAAGAACAGGCCGAGUCCCCGCCGGAGCUAGUUACCCCUCUUAAGAAGCACGUCCUAUACUCCAUCAUCAUCAUCGCCAUCACCGGCCUCUUCGCUCUCUCUGCCGCCUGCUGGCUGGUUGCGUUCAUACAAACCAAGGUUGACGGGGGCUAUAUUAAAGCUGUCCGAAUCGGCGGGAACGUCAGCUCGACGUGGGCGAAACUGAUCGAUGCCGCCGCUUCCAUGCUAGUGGCUCCUGCGAUACUCGCAAUUACCAACUGGCACAUGUUCAAGCUCGCUCGCCUCUCUGCGGUCAACGAGCAUGACAAACGGGACUCGAAAGCAAGCCUUAACGUUCUUGUGGAAGUUGCCGGCACUGACUGGGGAUCGACCAGCCCCCUCAAGUUCUGGACGUUUCUUCAAUCACAAAAACCUCGGAUUAUUUGCUUGGGCGUAAUCUCCGUCUUUUCAGCUUUGAGCUUCUCUCUUCUAAGCAACGUUACCGCAUACGAGGAAGCCGGAAGCGUAAAUACGACAACAACUCUGGAAGCCAUGCAGGGGAUGCAAGAUUACUUCAAACAACCUCUACGCCUGGAAAUCAAGGGCAGCGAGCGCUUGCAGAUUCUCAAUGACCUUGAGAACCAGCUCCAACGCCUGCAAGCAACAGAUCUGGAGCCAAAAUCCGAAGGCUUCCUUGGCAUCAACAUCUCGAGCCGAGCACGCCUAGAGAUGCGCCCGACAAUCGAACAGCUAUUCAACGUGCCUGCCUACAGGAUAUCGGCAUCAUGCAAACAAUCCAGCCUCUCGGCAGUGUCAAUUGGUUCUCCAGACAAGAACGAUUCGCACGUCAGGUUCAAUCUUGAGAAAGUUGCCUCAUCCUCUGAGUCUGGGCCUACACAAUUUCGAGCAGACUUUGGCAUAGUCGAGGAACUUCUUGCAAGGCAGGGGAUGGAAGCUGCGAGAACAAACGGCUCAUCAGUCAGGUACCCCCUCAUCGCAUUCAGCGGAACAGCGACUUGGAUCGGAGGAUUCAGUUAUACUGGGGAUGAAACUGUCCACUUGACGGAAACAACGCGGCUAGAUGGUGAGAAACUUGAAGCCCAAGAUGAAACACCAAUACUCUUCCUAGGACAAAAAUUUGAUACGUUCGAAAGUGGCCGUGUUGGGAGAUCGCCAGGCAUUGGCGGUUACCUCUUGCGAGCAGCUCGCAGGACAUACCAGGAGGCGGACCGACCUGCCUGGGGCAUCGAAACACUCGUUGAUGCAUUCGUCUGGUACGAGGCGGCAGUGAGGGAAGCAAUCCAAGGCGACAAGAAUGAUGCCAAGAUCGAGCGUCUCGUCUCCCAGGUCGAAGUUUUGGAGAAGAAGCCGGACACGUAUACCAUGACCUUUGUCCCAUGGAUGCUCCUCUUUGGCCUUGUCGCUCUAGGCGUCGCCUGCGCUCUAACAGUUGCUAUAUCGCUUGACUCGCUGGGGGUGCCGUCUUUCAGGAGCGGGAGGGUUCUAGACGCGGUGAGGUUGACGGCCGACCUGGGCAGGACGCUGGGCAGGACUGCUUUCGAAGAGACUUACUGGAUGAGCCGCCAGGAGCUGAAUGAUUGCGCUGAAGGUGCCAAAUUUAAGUAUGAGCCCGACAGACGGCUGGACAUGAACCGAGAAUCGCCAGUGUCGCCUCUGUCCGUCGACGAGCUGGCAUCGCCACCUCCAACAGUAGCCAACGAGGCAAAGACACAGGCGACAGUCAUGGAUAACCUGUUACCCAAAGAUGCCGUGGACGGAGAGGGAGAACAGACUGAGAUGCCAACCUAUCGCCGGACUAGCAAGACCGUCCUCGUCGACAUCGUGGUGGUCGCUAUCAUGGCCUCAGUCGCCAUGUGCGUCUCUUUCGGUCUCAUCUUCCACAUAAAACUCAACACUCGCAAGGGAUUUACACAGUCUGAACCCAUCGGGGGCCGCUUCUCUUCCAUCUGGGCCAAGCUCAUCGACGUUGCCUGCUCCAUCUUGAUAGCCCCAGGGCUACUCGCCCUGGCCAACUGGUACAUCUUCAAGCUAGUGCGCCUCUGUGCAAUCAGCCAGGGAACAGUUGGGGACCGUUCCGUGAACCUCAAGGCCCUCACGGAGCUCGCCGACACAGAUUGGGGGUCGUACAGUCCCUUCAAGCACUGGACCUUUGUGCGGACGCGCGAUCCCCGACUCAUCUGCCUCGCUACCGUGGCCCUCCUUUCUGCCUUGAGCUUUUCAUUCCUAACGAAUGUCACGGCGUACGAAGCUAUCGGAUUCAACAUCGCCAACGUGACACAAAAAGUCGAGACGCUGUAUGGGCCGAAGGAUGAUGCACCUUCAAAGGUGAUCUCAGACAUUCUCGACUCUGGUCAAGACAUCGAACUCUCAGCACAGCUCACCAGGAGCCUGCACAAUAUUACCCCCGAGAUUGGAACUACAAACACCAGUCAUCAAGCCGUCCUCAAUGUGUCGAGCCAGUCUCUGUCUAGGGUCUCAAAGUCAGCGAAGAGACUCUUCAAUGUGCCCGCAUAUCAGCUUGCAGUGUCCUGCAAGCCCGCCGAUAUACGAGCCUUUAAAGAUGAAAAGAUCUGGAUCGGGUGGUUCUACUACACCAAUGAAAAAGACACCGCCACGUAUCUCACGGACUACGGGCCAUUGGACACCUACCGCUACUCCCCUGAGAAGGACGACCAAGUUUUGGACUGGACGAUAUGCGGAGUGACUUGCGAGCUAAGCAUAACCAUGGGCACGGCAACAGUCAACCGCAAGGAUUGGUCCAUCUCAGAGGUCCGCCUUGAUGAACAAGCUCGCAGGUUCGAGGAGCGUCGUCCCCUAUUGUACAGUCUUCAAAACAAGUGGGAGAUCGCAUCACCAGCUUUCUACAAAACGCCUGGUCUAGGUGGGCACCUUGCUGAUGCCGUUUCCGUUUCGGGAUCUGGCAUCCAGAUGUCAAAUAUCCACUUCAUCGUCAAGGCCUUUGCGUGGCUCGAGGCCAAGAUGAGGGAUGUGGCGUAUAACAUGGCGGAGAGGGAAAGCGGUAGGAACAUGGAGGUUGAAGUCAUGGUUGAGGGGAACGGCGAGCAACUGUACACCAUGACUUUUGUCCCCUGGAUCCUGCUAACGGGCCUCUUGGCUCUUGGGACAGCAGGCCUGCUGGCCAUCGGACUGGCGCUCGAUUUCCUGCGUACGCCGUCACUGCGCAGCGGAAGAAUGCUGAGUCCGGUUCGACUGAUGAUGGACGUAGGUGCUGUGGUGGACAAGCAUGUCUUUGAGCAAGCCUUGACGUGGGAUGGAGAUGAGCUAGAUGCUUGGGUUGAGACUGUAGAGCUUCAGUACGAGCCCGCAGAAGGUCACGGAGAAGCCAGCGUGACGGAGGAUGGCGACUAUGAUUGCUGUAUGAGACUGCGUCAAAUCCCUCGAUCCAAUGCUAGGGACUGA